AGGAAACUGGCAUUGAAGCAUCAUCCAGACAAAAAUCCAGACAAUCCUGAAGCUGCCGAAACAUUCAAGGAGAUUAAUAAUGCUCAUUCCAUACUGAAUGACUUAUCGAAGAGGAAUAUCUAUGACAAGUAUGGAUCCCUGGGAUUGUAUGUUGCAGAGCAGUUUGGAGAAGAGAAUGUCAAUGCAUAUUUCAUGUUAUCUAGUUGGUGGGCAAAGGGCUUGUUUGCGAUCUGUGGACUUCUGACCGGUUGCUACUUCUGCUGCUGCCUUUGCUGUUGCUGUAAUUGUUGUUUUGGAAAAUGUAAACCAAAACCAUCAGCUGGAGAAGAUUAUGAGUACUAUGUGUCCCCGGAAGACCUGGAGGAGCAGAUCAGAACAGACAUGGAAUCAGGUGCUAUAUAUAGUUCUGUACAUGUCCUAAAGAGGUAG